AUUUCCAACGAGGAAAAAAAUGCAAUGAUUCUAUUUCCCGAUUUGGCAAACUGUGGCACACCAUCAUCAUUCAAUAGUGUCGUCUCUGUAGCAGCUUAUGUCCCAAAUAAGCGGACUCAAGUCGCAGAAUAACAAAGAAGAAGAACGUGACUGGGAUAUGGCACAAAAAGAUACUUACUUCUCUGUGUCUCCAUCCGUGGCAGACGUCCGACCUUAUCCAAAACUGAAACUAGACGAACUGUUUUUCGCAUGGCUCUCCAAGGCAGAGACAAAAGCACUUAUUCAUCGUCUGAUCGAUGCCCGCAAGAAUUAUCAAGUGGCGGAAACAGAAGCAGGAAACGAGAAAGUUUCUAGCGGAAACGUUCCGGCUACUCUUGAAACUGAAAACAAAACGGAGUUUGCAGCAAAGUCAGCGGUUCCUGUUAGAAGAGAAAAGAAAACAUAUAUGGAAACAGAGGGUGAAAUAGGGUCAACAAUGAUUCCAAACUCAUCGUUUCCUAUUGACAUAUCACGCUCAGAAACGGUCUCACCCAAUAUGAGUGCAAGCUCUCAGUCACUUGGCAAUCAAACACCAGCUUCACCAACAACGAGAUUUAUCAUGGCUAACUUAACAUUCUCUCCUAGGGUGGCUUUGUCUCCACGAAGGGCAGCGCUCACUGGGAACUAUUUACCAGACCUGAGCUUGGGAAGCGGAACACCCCCUAUGAGUCCUCGACGUGCUCAAUUGUAUAGAAGGAGUUCCGCUCAGACAAUGUCGUCCAAGUCUUCAUCCACUCAGUUGUAUCAAAGGUUUUCAAACAUUCCUCGUUUCUUCUUUCCGGAAGGUUCUCCUGAAGUCAUGGAAGAGCAACUAAGACAACGGUCUAAUCUUAAGACAUUUCUGAGUCGCAACGGAGGAAGGCUAGGAAGAACAGAGUUUACAGAGUUCACGACUGGCAUCUUAGGGUUACCUUCAUUUAUAGGAGGUCCUGUGUUUGAUAGACUCUUGAAACAAUCAGUACAAGGUUCAGAGUUUCCUAUGAGAGAUGAUUCUCAUGACAUUAUGUCUGAUUCAGAAAAUGAAGUUGCAAGAGAAUUUCUAUUGGAGCGGGAAGUAAUUUCCUUUUAUGACACUUUUUGUGCUAGGAAAAGUGGAAACUCUCUACUUUUCUCAGUUCUUUUAGGCAUUAGCGAUCGAAAUUAUCUCAUACACGAGGAUUUAUUUCCUUUUUUAGAAGAAUUUUUACAGAUUCAUCCUGGACUGGCCUUCCUCCAAGCCACUCCAGAGUUUCAACAUCGUUACGCAGAAACAGUAAUUGAACGGAUUUUUUACUCUUGCGCUCGUUGGCACCAGUUUAAACUGUUUGAAUCAGACUUGAAAAAGGGAAAGAUUUUUGAAACUUUUUUAGAAGUUGAUCGAGAGGAAGAUAUCAAUAGGGAACGCAGAUUUUUCUCUUAUGAACACUUUUAUGUUCUUUAUUGUAGAUUUUGGGAAUUAGAUACCGAUCAUGACUUGUUAAUUGAUAAGGAAGACAUGCUUCGUUAUGGAGGACAUGCACUUACUUACAGAAUUGUGGAUCGAAUUUUCGGUGGUUAUGGAAGACCUCGAGACUGUAAAGAGGAAGGGUUUAUGAGUUACACGGAUUUUAUUUGGUUUUGCAUUAGUGAAGAGGACAAGAAUAGUGAUGUUGCAUUGGACUACUGGUUUCGAUGUAUUGACUUGGAUGGUGAUGGAAUGAUAACAUUAUAUGACAUGGAAUAUUUUUAUUCGGAACAACUUCACCGAAUGGAAUGUUUAGGGCAUGAGCCUAUUCCGUUAGAAGAUAUUGUUUGUCAACUAUUAGAUAUGGUUAGGCCUGAUCUAUUCGAACCUAUUAUCACUCGAAGUACGUUACGAAGAUGCAAAUUACGAAGCAACUUCUUCAAUGUACUAUUCAACUUGAAUAAGUUUAUUUCCAUCGAAAAUAAGGAUCCCUAUUUGAUUCGUCAAGAGCAUGCCACUCCCGAGCUUACUGAUUGGGACCGUUUUGCUGCUAUAGAAUAUUUACGUUUAAGUGCUGAAGAAGAAGCUGAAGAGGAGUCUUGGGAUGAUGUUGUCGCUGAAGAUAGAAAUUGGUUGGCAACUGGAGAAGCUCCCUUUUAGAUGUAAUUAGCAAUACACUCUGUUCAUUUGCAUUUUCCAUUUAAAUGAAAGCAUAAGAUAUUGGCUUUCUUGGUUUCUUACUUCCCAUUUGGGUUGGCUGUUGACUAGGAUAUCGUUUCUUGCUAUCCAAUUCUAAUGGAAGCUC